AUGGCUACGCUUGCUGAGGCAGGCCAUGGCUCUCUGCACUUUGGUGAUACUGUUCUUUUUCUUAUUAAGACAAAAGAUUAUCAAGGCUAUGUUUACUCUGAGCUUUCAAGCUCUCCCUUUUUAACUGUGUAUAACUUGAAAGAGCAUAAUGAAAAGAAUCCAGAUUUUCCAAACAUUGCUUUUGCUUCUUUUAAAAUAAUGGCUCCGAACAAAUACAAGGCAAAGCAGCAACUAAAGCAGGCCCAACUAGAUCCUGAGAGUCAAGAGUAUCGCAAUGCCUUGCGUGCUUUUAAAACCGAGGAAGCAGAAAAUAAGCUUGAACAGAAGAGGCAUUUUGGCAGUCGAGUUUUAUAUGGUGAUUCAAUUCAACUUCAACAUGUUGCUUCAAAAAAGUUUGUCAAAGUUUGCUCUGAAGCUUCAAAGACAGAGAGCAACAACUUGCUUGUCAGUUUGUCUGAAGAGAAUUUUGAAGAAUGCAUUUUUAAGAUAUUACCACGUUACAAAGUUCGAUCAGAAGGAGAUGAAGUUAGGUAUAAUGAUCAGUUGAAGAUUGAAAAUAUUAAGAAUCAGGGACAGUACCUGCACUGUAGUGGACCGAAUCACACACUGGGAACUGCAAAAUUCAAUGUCCUUACUGACUGUUUUGAGUUAAACUUGUCAGCAACAGAAUCAGCUUUAACUCUCAUUCCUCAUUACUCCCCUUUUGUAAACAAGCAUCCUGACAAGGCACUCAGAGCUGGUACUUGUGUGAGGUUAUUUCAUAAAGAGGAUGAAUGUUACAUUGUUGCUGAAGGAUCAUUUGCUUUUGCUAAAGAAUCAUUUGCUUCCCUUAAAGAAACAAUAGGUGAUAAAAGGAGUGAUCCUAUCAUUGAAGAUGGUGAUGUCAUUGCAUGGAGGGACAGGUGCAGGCUCAAGCAUCUUCCCACUAGGUGUUAUUUAGCAGUUGUGGAGGAUAUGGGUCAAUGGAAAGUCACUUUGAAAGAAAAGACAAGUGAUAAUGAUUUGGACACAAUCUUCAGCUUUUCUCCUCUUAUAGAGGAAGGUGAGGAGGUACUGUUAGAAUCUUAUGCUCUCAUUCAGCAUCGUCGCAGUGGACAAUGGCUUCAUUUAGAAAAGAAAAAUUCUUACACAAGGAAAGGCUUUGAUCCUAAAGCUGAAGGUUUGGCUGGUCUAGAGUGGGACUCUGCUGAACUAUUAAUGGUGACUGAAGAUUUGGUAGACAGGUUCAACUAUGUGGCUGGUAUAGUUCCUAUGCUUUCUGGAUACAUUAAACAACUUCACAGUAAGACAGAAGGCAAGCAGAAGCAGUUGGUGCGAGUGAAGAAUGCAUUGGUUGAUUUAAAAAAUUGGAUAAUAGAUGAUAAGGAGAGAAAUACAAAAAACAAUCAGAAGCUUCUUAGAAAUUUGAGGGUACUUGAGCAACUUCAUGAGAUUCUAAAAUUUGCUGAAGAUGGUACUUUCAAAGGAUCAAGUCUUCAUAUUACUAUUUGUCGUGAGUGUUACAAUGUUAUAAAGACAUUCCUUGAAGGAGACAGUCGCAAGAAUGAAAACUAUCUCGCUCAGUUUAUAGCAUUCUUUCAGCAACAUGUUCGGAAAGAACUUAAUGCUGAAGAAGUUCUGGUUGAAAUUGUUCAAGACAAUAUGUGA